GAGACUUAACUGUUCAACAGUCAGCCAAACCAGCUGCCGAUUGAAACACGUCAAGGUUCUACAGGUUACUGAAGGUGUCUGUCAGUCUGUUAAAGGAGUCCCUCAUCCUCUUCCCGUAGUCAGGCUGUCUGUGUCCGCUCCAAACCCAACGGUUCUGUGUGUAGGACCACACACUCGGGUUCAGGUUGUCUACGUUGUUUCCGCAGAGAGGAUUCAGACAGACUACAGAUGUUGCUGUGUGUUUCUGGGGUGGGUCGAGGGGGUCUGGGGUUGCUAGCGGUAAAGAGGGCGUGUCUUCUCACUCGCACUGCCCACUCGUCGCCCCAGAACUUUGAGUAUCGACCAAUCAAAAAGGUCAUGGUGGCCAACAGAGGUGAGAUCGCUAUCCGUGUGUUCAGGGCAUGCACUGAGUUGGGGAUUCGGACCGUGGCUGUUUACUCUGAAGAAGAUCGAGGACAGAUGCACAGACAAAAAGCUGACGAAGCCUACCUGAUAGGGAAAAGUCUUCCUCCUGUUGCUGCCUACCUGCAUAUACCUGACAUCAUUAAAGUAGCUAAGGAGAAUGGUGUAGAUGCUAUCCACCCAGGUUAUGGGUUUCUAUCUGAGAGAUCAGACUUUGCCCAGGCCUGUGUUGAUGCAGGAGUCCGCUUCAUCGGGCCCUGCCCAGAAACUGUGCGCAAGAUGGGGGACAAAGUGGAAGCUCGCUCUCUGGCUAUCAGUGCUGGAACUGGAGGAGAACUACCACAGGGCCUACUCUGAGGCUCUGACAGCGUUUGGGAACGGAGCUCUGUUUGUGGAGAAGUUCAUCGAGAAACCACGACACAUAGAAGUUCAGAUCCUGGGUGAUAAAUAUGGGAAUAUACAUCUCUAUGAGAGAGACUGUUCCAUUCAGAGAAGACAUCAGAAGGUGGUGGAGAUUGCCCCCGCGGCCGACCUGGACCCUCAUCUAAGAGACCGACUGACUUCUGACUCUGUCAAACUGGCCAAACAGGUCGGCUAUGAGAAUGCGGGUACUGUGGAGUUCCUAGUAGAUAAACACGGGAAACAUUACUUCAUAGAAGUCAACUCCAGACUGCAGGUGGAACACACUGUCACUGAGGAGGUUACGGAUGUGGACCUGGUUCAUGCCCAGCUGCGUGUGUGUGAGGGACGCAGUCUGCCUGAGCUGGGGUUAACACAGGAGACCAUCAGGGUGAAUGGUUGUGCCAUACAGUGUAGAGUCACUACUGAAGACCCGGCCAGAGGCUUCCAACCAGACACAGGGCGACUGGAGCAGAGCAGAGCAGCUCAAGCGAAGCCGUUGCUACGGUUACUCACGGACUCAGAAGCUCCGUGA